AUGACUGACUAUACGGGAAAUUUUAAAUUAGUCUCAUCCGAGAACUUUGAUGCUCUCCUUAGAGAGCUAGGUGUGAGCGAAGAGGUGGUAAAGUCAGUGCAAAACACAACUCAGGAGUUGGAGAUCACAAAAGCCGGUGAUGUCUACACAUCGAAGACAAUCUCUCCGAACAGAACCCAUGAGAUUAAGUUUGAAUUGGGAAAGGAGUUUGACGAACCCCGACCCGAUGGCAAAACUGUUAAGUCAGUGGUGGUGGCGGACGGCAAUCGACUCGUCCAGACCUCAAAGAGCGACAAAGAGGUGAAAGUUGUGCGCGAAUACAACGGCAAUGAGCUUCGGGUGACCGUAACCGCCGGCCCGGUUGUGGCCGUCCGGACGUACGCCAAACAAUAGACACUAAAUGUUUUACCCGACACUCUAUUCAAACUGAU